GUUUAUUACUAGUAAAGGUGAUGACUGAGGAAAAUAAAAUGAUGCAACUGAAAAAAGAAGUGGCAAAAACCCACACGCUAUUAAAUCAGGAAAAUACUUUGAAAGAGAAAAAGUGAAGAACUUGCAUGAUCGAUCUAGACUCUGCUACUACUCUCUAUAGUCACAACUCACUAGCCUUCAUUCACUCCAAAAACCCAAUUCAUCCACAAGAGUGAAGCACAACACGGAAUUUCCAGAAACAGUAGUCACAAUUUGCAAGUAGUUUAGUCAAUUUUGAUGGCCAUAUUCAGACCGGGAGUUUCAGGAGCAUUUUCGGCGUGGCGGUGGUUUUGGGUUGAUGCUGUGGUUUGCAGCAGCGUGAAGGUCUCAUUUCUCCAUUACCUCCCAGGUAUAUUUGCAUCAUUGGCUGCCUUGAUGUUCAAUUGUGUUAGAAAAGAAGACAUUGAUAUUCUCCUUAUGAGGAAGGCGAAUGGAGGUUGGGGUUUGAUUGCAAAAUUGCUGAAAAAUUAAGGUCAAGGGAACAAUUUUUGGGCUGCUGAGGCAAAUGUUGCUGAGCUGGACGAAGAAGCACCUCCUUAGACAAGAAGCAUCUUGCCAUUAAUGAGCAUGUCUCCUCCAAGAAGCAUGCUUGUCCCCCAGCCGAAAUUUCAGCCUUCCCUGCUGAUCAAUUAGAGCAAUGCUGCCACUUCUGGAAGAAGAGAAGAAGAACAGCCAAGUUUGGAUUCCAGGCUCAAGGCAUUGGGAGGAUUAAACAAUUACAAGCAUGGGGAGACUCUCAUGACGAAAAGAAUCGGCUGCAAGGCCCUAUAAAAGAGGGAACUGCACUCUCAGAAGACAUGGAUAUCUCUAUCUCAAUCUCUGGUUACCCUUCAGUUGCCAAAAACACACAGAAAAACUCAAGGUAGAAGGCAAGAAGGAAGAAGAAGCAGCAACAACUCAGUAAGGAAGCCAAGUUGAAGAGUAGCCAACCCAGUUUCUGCUUCAG